AUGGAAAUCGAAGAUAAAAUAAUCAGCACGAAAUUGAACAAAGUCAAAGUGAACGAUUUGAAUGAAUUUUUCGCAGAUAUGUUCACGUUAAAAGAUAUUUGCGACGACUUCGUUGAAUUGUUCAAAAAAGAAGAAAGAUACUAUUUGAACGAAGAAAAAUACAACGAGCUGCUAGAAGAAGAAACCAUAACACUCGAUAGUAUACAUCAGCUGACAAAUGAAAUAAAAGAAAACUACCAAGAUAUAAUAGAUGCGUUUUAUGAAAGAAGACUCCAUAGAAUGGAAGCAAGAGCAAUGAAAGCUUUCAAAGAGAUCGAAAAGAAACCAAGACAGCCAAAAGAAGAAGAUGAUUAA